AUGUUAAGUUAUGUAUCAAGAACAGAAAAUUUAGAAUCAAUGAACCUGGAAUCUUGUGAUAUAAGCACUGAAUCAAAGUAUUUAACAACUGCAAGAAGGAAUAGACUAUCACUUAGCAGCUCAAGGUAUGGAAAUAACCUACGUAGAUCUUCGGUGUACAAGUGGAGUGGGGUAUUUAGCGAUUUUAAUAUUGAAAAUAUACCAAGUGAUGCUUGGGAGUACUAUAUCAAUAUUGAACAGGAUGAAGCUAAAAAUACUCACUAUGAUGACAAUGGUCAAGUUAAGUUAUUAAGUAACUGUUUUACUCUUGAGCAGAGUAUCAAACUUUAUAAAAAGAUACUGCAUAGUUUUUUUUUUGGGAAUGAUUAUUUGAAUGAUACUCAAUUUUGGAAUGAUUUAGUGAAACGUUUUAACAAUAACCCAUUUGAGCUUGAUAGUGACGAAGGUAGAGAGAACGUCCUAAAAAUAUUUUUGAGUAUAAUUUGUUCUAGUAUUAUCAAUAGAGAUGCUAAGGGUUAUUAUUGUGCAAUGAUAUACUGCUUAAUGGUAUCAUUACCAAAUAAACCACAAGUAUUUGGGAUACUAAGGCCAUUUAUAAUAAGAAAGAUAUUAUCACUAAUCAAUGACAAAUAUAUUACAUAUUCAAGUUCUAACAAUAAUACAAGGAAAAAGGGUAGGGCUAGGAAAAAAAAGUUUAACAGAAAUAUUGAUGAAAAUGUUGAGAGCGAAAAUAGCUUGAACAAUGCAAUAGCAAGUGAUUCAGAAAAGGAAAAUGAUAUUUCGUCUUUAGAAAAUCCAAGUUCAUGUUCUAAUGAGGUAGUAAAUAAUAAUGUUUAUGUGAAGAUGCAAAUUGAAUUAAUUGCAUGUUUAGUUAUUUUGUGUCAAAAUAUUGAUUUUACAUGCAAUAUAUCAAGUAAAAUUGGAAUGGAGGGACUACAAGAGUUAUUAGAAGGUCUUUUACACAUUUCAGUUUAUACAUGUGAUAUUUCAUAUUUUAAAAAUGAAGUAGACCAGCUGAAAUCUUGCUGCUUACUUCAAUCAAAUAUCCCAAAUAAUAGAGAUCAUAUUCAAAAUGCUAUAGAUGAGAUUGGAGAUGUAUGGAAUUUCAGUAAAGCAUCCUCAAUUGUAUUACUAUGUUUUUUUUUGAAUCUCGGGAAAAGUCGAUUUAUUACUUAUCUGCAAGAUGGUAAUAUAUUCAAGAGGUUUCGUACUGUAGAAUUUGAUUCAAUUCAAAUUGAAAUAAUUAAAUAUUAUGUGAUAUUAUUACUUCGUUCUUCAAUUCCAAUUAUAAUUGGUAAUGUUACAUCAAACUCAUCUAUAAUAACUGUCAGAAGCAAAAGUACUCAGAAUUCAACUCUUAUAACAGUAUUUAAUAUUAUAAAAAAUAUUAUUAAGCUUUAUCCUGAAUUGAUAUUUCCCAAUAUCAUAUAUAUUAUUGAUCAAAUUGUAAUUCUACAGGAAAAUUUAACAAUUUACUCUUUUUUAGGGACAAACUUUGAAGAUGAUGAAUUAAUAUUAAAUUGCGAAAAUUUAGAAGACCAUAAUGGGAAUUUAAUUAAUUUACAGCCUAAUUAUCGGAAGUCUGGAAGAGAUAUUAAAGAAAUUAAGAGAUUUGUAAAUGGAAUUGAACUUCUUAGAGAAUUAAGAAGGUUAAUGGCUCAGUAUGAAAUAGAAGGUCCCUACGAUAUAGAGGAUGAAAUUUACGAGUGUAUUAUGAACAAUAAAAAUAAACUUUUUUAUUAUGAUCCUAUAGUAGCAUUUAUAAUAUCUUUAUACUUAUUAAUGAGUGAGCGUUCAGAAACUAGGCAAAGUAUUUUAGAUAUUAUUUAUAUGAAAUUUAUACCUACCAUAAUUGACCUUUGUGAAACACAAAAUUCAAGCAAAAUGUUACUUUUUCAUAUAAUUCAGACAUGUUUUGGAUUAAAUGAAGGACAAAAUUCUACUGAAAGUAUCAAGGAAAUUAAUUCUUUUAUAUCAUUUUUGUCAUCAUAUAAACCUCAAAAAAAAAACAAAGAAAACAAAAAUAAUUUACUUUCUUGUUUAACAUCAUUCAAAUAUCCUGCAUUGUUACAUCGUAGAUUGAUUGCCAUAUUACCAUAUUUUUACCAAUCAGCACGCCCUGGCUAUCGCACAAUGGCACUGGAAAUUACUUCAUAUGUACUUCAAAUAAAAUCCUCUUUAGAGAUAUUGGCUACUUUCAUAUAUAACUCAAGUAGUAAAAGAAACAUUACAAUAUCAUCUUCCACCUCCGUUACAAACAAUAUAGAGAAGAAGUACAUUGAACUUUCUGAUUUCUUACAAAAUAAUAUUAUGGAUGCUGUAUUUAUGGAUUGCAAUGAGUCAUCUCCGUCUGUUGCAAUACAGAAUUCUAAAAUUAGGUCUCAAAGAAGCAUUAAUAGCAGUCCUGUUUCGGAUAAUUACUCUUCAAACAGAAAUAGUAGCGCAAGACAAAGUAUUGAAUGGAUUGGUAUCACUAUUGAUUCGAAAAUAAGCAUUUCCAAUAUGUCUAGUAUUGUUCAGGGUGAAAUGGCUUUAAAAUUAUUUUAUUUAAUUUUAUUAUGCGUCCAAAGAAGUGAAGAUAUUUCUCCAAAUAUUAGAAUAAAGUCAGCAAUAAUAUUAUCCAACAUAAUUAACUCGUUAUAUGAUCUCUAUAACACUUAUAUAGAAGCUAAUGAUGAAGAAAUAUUAUGUUUAAAGAACGAGAUAAUUGGUGGUAUUAAAAUGCUAAUAUUUUCGUGUAGUAACACACAUAUUAAUGCAGUAAUUCCAGUUGUUGAUAUGAUAAGAGGGUUUUCCAAUGAUGAAAAGGCAAUUUGUAGAAAAGGAAGCUUGUUAUUAUGGGAUAGUUAUUUUCCAUUUAUCUAUCUUGAUAAAAAGGCAGACAUUAAUAGUGAGAAGGAUUUUAUACUAAAUAUAUUUAAGUCAGCUUUAAGCGAUUCUUCAAUAUUAGUGAGACGUCAUGGAUUGCAGAGCCUUUAUACCUUGUAUCAUACAUUUCCUCUUAACAAGUGGAUCUGUAAUCUAUGGUCAAUACAUGGUUUACCAUUUAUUUUAGAUACAGAAAAUAUAAUUAUAGAUAAAAUAACAGAAAUAAGCUACAAUAUUCUCACUGAGCAAAUAUCUAAGACAUCGGAGUUAAUUCAAAGUCUUUGGUUAAAAAUAUCACAUAAUGAAGGAAAUAAAUUCUCCAAUUUCAUUUCGAAUAUCAAUAAAGAAUAUGAAUUUGCAUGGAAUUCCUUGUUUUUACAAAAGGAGAAUCAAUUAAGUGUUAUUAGAUUAUAUAAAUUAUGCAUACGGAGUGUCUUUAAAAAAUAUCCAUUAGUAAUUAACUCCUCUUUACAAUUCCUAAAUAUUAUAAUUGACCUCUUUAUAGAAAUAUUGGGAUUUGAUACCAAUGAUAAUCCAGUAGAUUUUCCAGACUUGCCCUUUGUAUUAUUAGAAGAGGUAUAUAGCUAUUUCCACCAAAAUAAAAGAUGCAUACAUAGUAAAGAAGAUUUGUCAUAUAAAACAAUUAGUAAGAUUUAUUAUUUAUUAACUAAUGGAAUUUUACCAUUAUCUUCAGAUAUGCAAAUAAAGACUAUGAAGUUGAUAUCUAUGCACAGCUUAUUGAGGAUUUCUAACUCAAUAGUAGAAACAUUUAAACUGAUGAUGUGUUCAUUAUACAUUUUUAUUAAUGAUGCUACGGAGGAGACAAGUUGCACAUCCUUAAUGGAUGCAUACUUUAAUAUUAUAUUUAUGGAACCUGAAUUCUAUACACAUAUUACAAAAUUUAUAAUAGAAAGUAUAAAUAUUAAUGAUGAUCAUCAUGAACUUAGGAGUUAUAUGAAUACCAAUUCAUUAGUUUUAUCGAUAUGUUUGCCUUCAAUUUUAUGUAUUUUGUAUAUUUGGGAAGAAAUCAAUAUCAUAUAUAGGAAUAAGCAUCAUAUUACUAAAUUUAUGAAUGCAAAGAAUUUAAAAGAAAAAUAUAAGAACUUUAGUAAAAAUACAUUACAUCUACUAGGGUCUACAUACAAUGCUAAAGUAAAGAAAGAAAUUGAAUCAAAUUAUUCAUUGAGUUGUCCAGAUUUGGAUACCAGUAAUACUAUAGAAAUAAUCUAUAUAUCUUGCCUGAUGAAGUUGAUAGAACAAAAUGAUGAAAUAAAGAACUUAGACUAUAGUAGAUUUGGGAAUGAAAAUUUGUAUAAUUACGUGAAUAUACGAAUAUUGGGUGAAUUGUCCCUUCUUGGUUAUCAACUAAUUAAUAGAAAUAUAAAUAGCUUAUUGAUAUCUUCACUACUACCUAUAUUACAGCCAUUUAAUUUAGAAAGAAUAUUUAUACUUAUAGAAUCUCUAUAUAAAAAAUAUCAAAGUAUGAGAAUACUAGAUAAAACAAAAUCUAACGAAAAAAAGAUAAUAUCAAAUGUUAAUUUGCUUAUAUUGACUAUGGGACAAAUAUGUUAUAGCAGUAAUAAUAGUUUAACAAAAAAUAUAAUUCAAAAUUAUUUUAUCCCAUUGUUGGUUGAUAAAACUGUACCCAUUGAAAUAAGAAACAAUGUUUUGGUAAUUUUGCAUGAUAUGUAUAUUUUAUAUACAUCACUAGUUGAUCCUCAUUUAAUAUGUAUAUUUAACAUUUUGCAUGAAGGACUUGAAAAGAGAUCUGAAACUCAGAUAGAUCAAAAUGCUUUAUUAAGAAAACAAUCUCUUUUACUAUUAUCAGACCUGAUAAGUCAAGGUUAUAUAAAAUUAAGAGGAUCCUACAUGCUAAAAUUUUUAUGUCCACUUAUUGACCCUUUAAACUCAAUUAGAAUGAUUGGACGUGGUCUAUUUGAAAAAGUAUUACUUAGGUUGAACCCAUCAUUAAUAGUUCAAAAUUUUGUUGAAACGAUGUGUUUUAUUAAUGGCUGGUUAACUCAUCCUUGUAUAAAAUCAUGGGAUGUAGGAUACAACAAGUCUUUGGGAAAUAAAUACUAUAACUCUGAAAUAUUGAACUUUGAUUGUGACGAAAAAGAGUACAUUUAUGACUUUUUUAUUAAUAAUUUGAGUGAUAAACAAAAAUUUGAGGUAUUAUGUCGCAUAGUUCAUGACUUUCUUGCACUAUUUGUUGAUCAAAGUAAUAUAAUUAAACUACCAGAAUCAUAUCAACAUAAUGAUGGGAAAACACUUAAAGAUGCAUUAAGAUUAAUUUCAUCUUCGAGCCUUUGUAUAUAUCAUAAGUAUUCAAGAAAAGUUAGUAAGAUAUCUGGGAAACUUGACUUGUAUGAGAAAUUAGAUAAUGAAAGUGAAGAUACUAAUUUAGGAGAUUCAAACGGAAGCUGCAAUAUAAUCUUAAAGGAACUAAUUCAAGCAAGCCUUGCUAUAGAUAUAAUCCCUACAUUACUAUCAUUGAAACAUUUAAUGAAGCAAUCUUGCUCAUCAUUUAUUAAAGAUAUUCACAAAUGUAUUGGUGAAUUAUUAAAAGAUUAUAGAAAUAAUCUCACUAGUAUUAUACAAGAUAACACUCUAAUCAAAGAAUUAGAAUAUGAUUUCAAAAUGGGAAUUUUCAACUAG